AUGGCUUUCGGCGACAGUAUCAAAACGCUGCUUGAAACGUAUGCCAAUUGUAUAUCUCUCCUAAAGGCAUUCGGACAGACCCGACAAGACAAUGGCUCACUGGAUGCUCGGCAUCAAAACUCACGGCUCCGCAAGUCUUUGAGGUCCGACCGCUCCCUGGUGGAACGAGCCUACUCGGCAAGGCUAUCUGAGGCAGGCAGCCGGCUCAAAGAGGGCGACGCCCGAGCCAUCACGGCCCUGGACCGCAUACUUAAAAGGCUAAGAAACGCCAUCAGAAGCCUUCUCCACCUCUCGGGAAAACGACAACACAGUUUAGACCUGGACUACCGGUCGCUCAUGUCUCUAUCGAAUGCCUCGAGGACAGGGGCGAUCAAGGCCAUCGACGGCCUCUCCCGCCGAUUGGCAAGCCCAUCUCGAAUCUCGGUAGCCUCGCCGUCCACCAAAGCAUCUUCCAAGGGGUUUUCGUCUCGAGGGGAACGCGAAUCGCAGUCGCGUGCCGGGUCUGCUACUCACAAAUCAUUGACUGCUCGCAAACCGUUGAAGAAACCCAAGCGAGAGGGCUCACCGAGUAAGAAAAGCCCGCUCGCUGUGAAAGGGGUCAAGGGCACAAAGAAGGCAACCAAGGGGGAACCCGAAAGGGCACGCAAAAGCCUACCAUUUUCGUCAGCGCCUCCACCGAUUUCGCCAGAGAAAGAGGCCCAGAUGCAGACCUCUCAAGUCAUGAGAUCGAGUGCGAAGAGUCCGGAGGCUUCGAAGACCAAGACGGCGGUGCCCAACAGGAUAUCCAUCUUGUCAUUCUCCUCCGACAGCACCAAGCUGGGCGAAAUUCCCGAGAGGAAGUGGCGGUCCAUGAUGCAUUAUUCACCCAAAGAUCCGGACGCUGACGAAUAUAACGUUCGCCCUAUGUUCCCGCUGAAGCCGUACACGGUUGAGGUUAGGGAGAGGCGGUUUUUCGGCUUGUUCAAUCGAAGGCGUCCAGCGUGA